AUGAGCGUCUCCAAACCACCGCCGCCCCCUUCCGCCACCCACCUUGCCAUCCCUCCUUCCUCUACUUGCACGCCCUCCUCAUCCGCCUCCUCCCCAUCGGCCCCGCCUCCUCCCUCACCGGUCAAGAUUUCUAUGCAGGAGCACUUUGCCAUCAACGUGUGCCCGGGGCCCAUCCUCCCUAUCCCGCAAAUCUCAGACUUCUUCCCCCGUUUCCACGACUACCCCUGCACACCGCCUCCCCCGCGGGAGAAGAAGAUCCUGAAAGAGGAGACCUUCAACGGGGAGAUGGGUGGAGGCUUCAAAGAUGGCGAGAGGCGGGGGGACAACAGUGGGGAUAGGGAGGAAGUAGCUGACUCUGAUGAUGAUGACACAUACUUGGGGACAUUGGAGUUCACCCUGCUGUUUGAUCAGGAGAAUAACUGCCUCCACUGCACCGUUCACAAGGCAAAGGGACUGAAAGCCAUGGACUCCAAUGGGCUUGCCGAUCCAUACGUCAAGCUUCAUCUUCUGCCUGGGGCGAGCAAGGCGAACAAACUUCGCACAAAGACUCUGAAGAACACACUAAACCCAGUGUGGAAUGAGGAACUGGUGUAUCAUGGAAUAACAGCGGCUGACAUGACCACCAAAACACUCAGGCUGUGUGUAUGUGACAUGGACAGACUUGGACGAAAUGAAUUCAUCGGUGAGGUGAGAGUUGCCCUGAAGAAGCUCAGAGAGGGCGAGAACAAGCGUUACAAUAUGGGCUUGGAGAGAAUUGCACAGAACAAAGAAUCAAACAAUCAAGCGGUAGAGCCGGGAUCGCUGGUGGCUGAAGAGGAGCGCGGACGCAUCCUGGUGUCGUUGUGCUAUAACACAGAAAAGGGCUGCCUGCUGGUUGGGAUCAUACGCUGCGCCCAUCUGGCCGCCAUGGACUCCAACGGCUACUCUGACCCCUUCGUCAAAAUCAUCUUACAGCCAGACAUGGGGAAAAAGUCCAAGUACAAGACAUCAGUGAAGAAAAAGACUCUCAACCCUGAAUUCAAUGAGGAGUUUUCCUAUGAGGUGACUCUGGACUUACUGGCAAAGAAAACCCUUGAGAUCUCAGUGUGGGACUACGAUUUGGGAAUGAGCAAUGACUUCAUAGGUGGUGUGGAGCUGGGAAUCAACGCAAGCGGACAGAGACUCAGACACUGGUUCGAGUGUCUCAAAAACAAAGGGAAGAAAGUGGAGUAUUGGCAUACGCUCACACAGCAAGGGGCCCCGAGCAGCGACAAAACGGACUAA